UGGUUUUUCCACUGGUUGCAACGUCAUUUUAUUUCGGUGAAGCGGGUUGAAAGAAAAAAUGACUGAUUCCACCCAUUUUUCCUUCUUUCCACUCAGAACAUAAUGGAUCUGGACAAAUCACUGUCUGCCAUGUCACUCAAAGACCGGGAGCAAAGUAAGGCUCCCAUUUCCGCUAGUGCGCCUACGGGUCGUUCUCCUGGAAUGCCUCCACGUAAUCCCAUGCUGAACCGUUUGCCGCCCAUGAGUCGUCCAGGUCAGUCGUCUCCGUUACCUCCAAUGGCACGCGGCCAAUCCCCACCUGUGGGCGGCCGCAUGGCACCUCCUCCUGCUAUGCGCGGACGCCCAGGUGGCCGCAUGGGCAAAGUAUCGUUGAACCUGUCGCAGCUCGGCUUAUCCCCGAAGCCAGAACAAACACCGUUUGCCAAUUUUUCGAAAUAUGUUGAUCCAAGCGGCAAACUGAACUUUGCCGGUAAAGCUAUCAUUCACGCUGACGGUGUCAAUUUCAGUAAUGGCAACAGUUUUGCCAUCAAGAUGGACGACCUGAUUCUUCAAGAAGAGCUUGGCAAGGGGCAGUAUGGCACUGUACAAAAGGUGCGACAUCGAGUUACCAACGUUGUAAUGGCAAUGAAGGAAAUCCGUCUCGAGCUUGACGAAACCAAACUGCAUCAAAUCCUCAUGGAAUUAGAUAUCCUCCACAAGAGUACGGGCGAUUACAUUGUAGAAUUCUAUGGUGCCUUCUUUAUCGAGUCAUGUGUAUAUUAUUGUAUGGAGUAUAUGGAUGCCGGGUCCUUGGAUAAACUAUACGGUGAUGGCGUACCGGAAGAUGUCUUGGCAAAAAUUGCUAUAUCGAUGGUGAAAGGCCUGAAAUUCCUGAAAGACGAACUUUCCAUUAUUCAUAGAGAUGUUAAACCUACAAAUGUUCUGGUUAAUUUGGCGGGACAAGUGAAGUUAUGCGAUUUUGGCGUUUCGGGGCAAUUGGAUAAAUCCUUGGCGAAAACGAACAUUGGUUGCCAGAGUUACAUGGCGCCUGAACGUAUCAAGGCCGCCAAUACGUAUACCGUCUCUUCGGAUGUAUGGUCGCUCGGUCUUUCUUUAGUAGAGAUGGCCGGUGGCAAAUAUCCAUACACAUACGAUAACAUGUUUGCGCAGCUGAAAGCCAUCAUCGAUGAAGAGCCACCGACGAUGCCCGACUCCUACUCUCCCGAAGCAAGGGAUUUUAUCGCUGCAUGUCUUCGAAAAGAUCCAUUGAAAAGACCAACUUAUUCCCAGUUACUGGAGCAUCCUUUCGUCAAGAAGUAUGAAGAUGCUGACGUUGAUAUGGCGAAAUGGGCCCAAGAAGCUGUCGCCGCAAGGAAAACUCGAGAAACCCCGUCCUCUGCCAAAUAAGAAGAACCAUUUGGAUUACAUGUUUUGUCAAACUAUCCGUUUUCACGGUAGUUUAUUACAGCCUCAUCAUUUUUUUUUUUACCGUCAUCUAUUCCCUAAUUUCCCCUUCAAAAAAAAAUCCCAAAAAAUGCAAUCGAAACCGUGUCAAUCUAUAUAUCCGUUUUUUAU